GAACAAAAGUUGCGCGGAACUGUUUCUAUGGUUCCUGGCGAGCAUUUUGUUGUCGGACUGCGAGGCACGGGGGACCUAUUUGGGCAACGGACCUAUUCAGACUCGCGUUUUUUCUAGUGCUUUGUGGAGAGGAGGUUGCUGGGGAACCAUGAGCGCCGCUUUGGGCAAAGUACUGUGUUUGGGAAAGGAAUCGGCUUUAAAGGAGACAUCUGUGCUUAUUAGACUUGCCUUCAAUGCAUCUAGAAGGAGCGCCAUUUGUUCUGUAGGAUGUACACUGGUGUGCGGACACAGGCACUACAGGUCCCAGCCGACCCACGGCAUCGGACGAUAUAGGCAUCUGCUCCCGCCAGAGAGUCUCAAGAAAAAGAAGGAGCGGCUGCAAAUGAAGGAGAUUGACCCCGGGACGGAACAUGAAUAUGGGGCCCUGAACAUCGUGAUGACUGGCUACGACAUGACCCUGGUGGAGCACUACGCUCAGUACGUCCACAAGCUCUGCAACCGGCUGUCCGUCAAAGUAGAGGAGAGCUACGCCAUGCCCACCAAGACCACUGAAGUGAUGCUGGUGCAAGAGCAAGGGUCCAAGAUGAAGGUGGACGCCGUCCUCACAACCCACCAGCGCGUGGUUCAGAUCCAAGGCUUGAAGGCCACCUUUGCUCCUGUCCUCCUAGAAAUCGUUCAGAGCAAUCAGCCCGAAGGAGUCCAUCUGUUAGUGAAAGAGCACACAGAGGAAGACUUCAGGAGCCGACUCAAAGCCCGGCCGGAGCUGGAAGAGCUGCUUGCCCAAAUGAACUGAGCUGUGCUGCACUAAAUGUCAGCUGAGCGGCAGCAUUCAGCUUCCUGACAAGAUCGCCUUGCAUUUUUCCUUUCCCUCUAAUUUUUAUUCAGAAAUAAAAAAGCCAAUGUAAAAAGGUGAA